GCCAAUCGUCAUUCGUUCUAGUUGAAACGUGUUAUUCGCUCUCCCUCAGUCGUAAGACUGAUGUACUGUUUGAAACAUUUUCUAGCGGCACAUUAUCAGAUCCCAUCAAUUAUAAUAGUAAAAAAUCGAAGUUGAAGGCAGAUUUUCACUCGCAAAUACAAAAAUGAAUGAUUCGAGGAUCACAAUUGAGAACAACAUACUCAAGGGUAAAGUUGUUCCCUUUCCUCCGUUCGAAUACACCAGCUUUGGAGAACUUGUACUAGCAAGACUGAAAAACAAUCCGGAAUUGGUAGGACAGAUUGAUGUUACUACUGGUGAAAAAUACACCUUCGACACGAUGCGAGAUGGAAGCGUAAGAUGCGCCUUGUGGAUGAGGAAACAGGGCUUACUUCCGGGAGACGUUGUCACAAUGUGCUCUCACAAUCAGCUAGACCUCGCGCUGCCGUGUUUCGCAACCCUGUAUCUUGGAGCCGUAAUCAACCCCUUGGACGUUGGGAUGAACAAAAGGGACUUUAGUCAUAUGUUGAAAAUCACCUCCCCAAAGAUGGCAUUUGUCAACGAAGAUAUAGCAACUACCUUUGCCGAGGCGGUCAAAGAAACAGAGCUAGACGUGAAAAUUGUUGUACUAGGCCGCGUUCCAGGCUUUCUUGCGUUUCAAGAAGUGAUUGCUGAACAAACAGUCGAAGAGGUCCAGCACUACAGAUGCACACCGAUCAAAAGUUCUGACGAGACUGCAGUAAUUAUGUGCACCUCUGGGACCUCAGGUUUCCCAAAAGGUGUUGCAUUGGCCCAUGCACUUAUCCUUAACCAAUUGCAUACGUCCUUCGCUGACGUAUUUAACGAUACAGCGCUGAUUAUCUCAUGUCUAGCAUGGAUCAGCGGGGUAUAUUCCAUGCUGAUUGCUGUAGCCGCAAAUUCAACCAGGCUUUUACCACCGCCCUUCGAAGAGUACACAGCAUGUGCGAUUAUCGAAAAGUUUAAAAUAAAAUCAGCUCUUUUGAGCCCCAGCAUGCUCGUUAGAUUGGUAAAGUCAGAUGCGUUGAAAAAAUAUGACCUCUCUAGUCUCGAGACAGUCAUGUGCGGUGGUUCUGUUCUACCCGCUAAUACUCGGGAAGCCUUCAAUAAGAUGUUACCACAUGCCUCGAUCAUCGUGGGUUAUGGCAUGACGGAAGUCGGAGGUGCCAUUUCAAUUCAGACGAAGAACUCGAAACCUGGAUCAUGUGGUUCCAUCUUAGACAAUUGCCAGCUAAAAGUCGUCGAUCCAGAUACCGGCCGACUACUGGGAGUCAAUCAAUUGGGUGAACUAUUGCUCAAGAAUGGGACCACGAUGGCUCAUUACUACAAGGAUCCGCAAGCUACAGCGUGCACAAUUGACGAGGAAGGAUGGUUGCACUCGGGAGAUCUUGGCUACUAUGACGAGGACGAGGAAAUCUUUAUUGUAGACAGACUAAAAGAAAUGAUCAAAUAUCAGGGUUAUCAAAUAUCUCCAGCUGAUAUCGAAGAUGUGCUUUUGUCUCAUCCUGGAGUCAAGGAAGCUGUGGUUGUAAGUGUACCGCAUCCUGUAGACAACGAGCAUCCCAUUGCUUUCGUGGUUCGAAAGCAAGCUGCAAUAACUGACAAACAGGUUACGGAGGAGGAGUUAAUUGACUUGGUCGCUACAGAAAUGGCUGACAGUAAACGGCUACGUGGUGGUGUUAGAUUUGUGGAUCAUUUACCAAAAACCCCAUCAAACAAAGUUCAGCGCAGAGAUGUCCGCAAAUUAGCAAGAGCUGUGGGGGCAACAUAGAAAGAUCGCUUGCAAUAUUCAUUAUAAUGUACAAGCACCCCGACGUCUGGAUUGACAGCAGUAAAACUUCGCUUGGUUUAUCCGAAGCGAACAGUAAAAUAUAGGAAUCUUGAGAGUGCUUUCGACUGUGCAAGCUUUGUAUGAGUGAUAAAUUUCGUAAUAAAGCUGUGAAAAAUCCAGUCUUGACACAAAUAAUAUGAAAACAUUUGUCAGUGAAUAACAAUAUGAAAUUUGACUGAAGUGGCCGAUUUUUCGAAUAAGAAGUUAUUAUAUUAAGACCAUGUUUAUUACUACUUUAUGAAUGAAUUCUAUCCCAAAUACAUGUAUUAAUAUCUAAGGAAAGAGUGAGGGACAAAGAAAAAAAGACGGUAACUCCGCUGAAAGUUUUCACUUUCGUUGCGCGUCCGGCGUCGCACGCCUCUUUUCAGUUAGAUUUGAAAACUUAGCAACCUUGUAAUAUUGUAUUAUAUGUAUGAUAGUAACUACUUCAUAUAGUACUUGUCAUAUUUUUCUUCAGACAGCGUAUGAUGCAUACCGGUUUCCACAUAUUGCAAUUGAAAUAAUUUAGUAUCUCUGUCAAAUUGGUUCUGUUUAUUAAGUUGUUAAAUCACUACACACUGACACCUGAACCCUUGUACAACCAUUAGGGCAUGUCUAAUAAACUCAAAUUUUGAUCAAUGAA